AUGGAGCCCCGGGACCUGGAGAGAGUGAACCUUUCUACCGCCAAUUCCCAGUCUGUGGGAAGACCUCAGGAUGGGAGACGAAACCAAAGCGGAGAAAUCGCUGCCUGGGAGCCCCUGGCCCCCACUCGGGAGCCAACCCGCCCAGCACGAAGAGUGCGUCUCCCGAUCCCCACCCCGGGGAACUGGAAGGCAGGCGGGCGCUCGGGGCUCCAGCAGGGUGGAAGAAUCCUAAAGAAAAAAAUCUGCAAAGAGAAAAAAAUAAAUUUGAACCAAACCAAACUCCAAGCCCGAAGGUCCCCGCCGAAAGCGAGGUGGGGGAGGAGGGGGCGGGAACGGCCGAGGCGCGGAGAGUGGGGGAUACGGAACGAACGCCAUCCCCUGCAGAGUCGGUGCCUCCGGGGGCUCCACAGCGCGCGCUCCCACCCGCAAGAGACGGACAAGACAGAGCCGGUAGUUCGGCGGUUCGUGCCAGUGCCGAAAGCACUACGCGGAGAAGGCUCAGAGCAACGGCGGCAAAGGCUCGUCUGUCAAGGCGGGAUUAGAUCCGCCUGCCCGGGGGCCCCGGCCCCCACCUUCCCCCGCCCUGCGAGAGCCGCGCGCGCCAGGGAUCUUUGGGGCGACGCGCGCGGUUUCGAGUCGCGCUUCGGGUCUCUGCGCACCACGUGCGCCCACGGCCUCAGGCGGGGACGUUUGGGCGAGUGCCCCGGCAGGGAAGGGGGCCACGCAGCCGGGAAGGUGCUGCGGCGACGUCCCAGCCCGCCCACCCUUGCUGGGGGGGCAGGACAAAAUGGCCCAACCCAACUUCUCCCUGCGCCCUGGGGAAGGAAGCGUAGUGCGCCCGCUGGAGCGCGAGGCCGCCGCCGCCCGUUCCACACACGGCCUGGCAUUCUGCUUUUCCUCACUGCGCACCAGGGAAAGGCAUAAUUCAAUUAUAUCAUUCAAGUGCCACGCAGCUUUUCCCUCUUUUGCUCUGCAGCCUAGUGCAUUUCGAAGGGGACUCUCCCAAUCCUCAAAUAAAUCUCUCUCUCUAAAGUCCCUCUGGGUUCUUUAGUAAUUAUUGGGGGGAAAAAAGAAAAAAGAAAGAAAAGAAAAGAAAAGAAAGACCGACCCAAAUCAGAUAUGAGUUUACGGUCUGAGCUGCAUAUUUGGGCUCAUCGAGCUUGGUUCCAAACCGCGCAGCUCACGUUAUUUCGGGAGAAGUUGGAGAAUGGGGAGAAUACAAGGUUAUUUAAAGUUGACUCCCAGAACGCGACUUUCCUUCCAGGACUCCCUAGGAGUCUGCGUCUAGGCUCCAGCUUGAAUACUGAACCGGGCUAGCUCCCCGGUGACACUACCUGUUGGGAGAAUGCGCAGUGUAGACCGUCGGCCUUCCUUUCUCCCGCGCAAUCCCGGCAGCGACGGGAUGGAUCUGGGUUUGGCAGGGAAGGGGAGAAGACAGAAGAGCCAGGGGCACAGCACAAAGUCAGCAGCGCCUGGUACUACCCAGCAAACUGCUCUGGCUCUUUAGGAACUGGAAGCAGUCCCCAGUACGCUGUGCGGGGCCCCUGGCCGCAGGGAUGCGCCCAAACUCUGCACGAUUCUCGAAAUUCGGAAACCACAAAGCAGUGCCGUUCGUAUUUACGGCUUAGUGCAAGCCUAACUUAAAAAAAAAAAAAAAAAGGCAAACAAA